AUGACGAAAAGACAAAAGAAGGAAAAGCAAAUGCAUUAUUUUUGGAUACUAAGAAUAUCUCCAUACAUUGAAGUAGCUCAAUCCUUUUAUCUGAAAAAGACACAUAUACUCAUUAAAUAUGCAAUAAGAUAA